GAAGGGCGGCGGGGCGGCGGCAGGAGGCAGGAGCGCGGCGAGCGCGGCGGGCAGAGAAUGGCGGGGAGGCGGCGGCAGAGGCGCGGGCCGGGCGGCGGGCGAGCGCUGCUGGCCGCGGUGCUGCUGUGCGUGUGCUGCCGGGCGGCGGCCGAGCGGGUCCGCUACGCCAUCGCCGAGGAGCUGGGCAGAGGCUCGCUCGUGGGGCCGCUGGCGCGGGACCUGGGGCUCAGCGCCGACGAGCUGCCGGCGCGCAAGCUGCGGCUGAGCGACGAGAAGCAAUACUUCACGGUGAAUGAGGAGAACGGGAACCUGUACGUGAACGAGAGGCUGGACCGGGAGGAGAUGUGCGGCGACUCGGCGACCUGCUCCGUCAGCUUCGAGGCGCUGGUGCACAACCCGCUGAACAUUUUCCAGGUCGAGGUGUCCAUUGAAGAUGUGAAUGACAACUCCCCAGUCUUCAGCAAAGCUGUACUGGAUCUCGAGAUUGGUGAAUGGACUCUUCCCGGGACUCGUUUUCCUUUGGAGAUGGCUCAUGAUGCAGACGUGGGCAGCAAUUCGCUGCUGACUUACCAACUCAUCAGCAACCCGUCCUUCUCCCUGGCCAUGAAGGACAGUCCGGACGGAAACAAACUGGAAUUAGUUCUGGAGAGAGCCUUGGACCGAGAGAGCCAAAGCUCCUUUGAGCUGGUGCUGACGGCAGUUGAUGCCGGGGACCCUGUGAGGUCCGGGACUGUCCAGAUUCGGGUCAACGUGACAGAUGCCAACGACAACCCACCCAUAUUCGCGCAGGACCGGUACCGCGUGAGCCUGCGAGAGGACGCGCCGCCAGGUUCAGCAGUAGUGAACCUGUCGGCCACAGACGCCGACACAGGCACCAACGCCCACAUCACCUACGGCUUUGGGAAAAUGCCGGCAAAGGUGCUUCAGAAGUUCGUGCUCGAUGCAGAGAGUGGGUCUAUCACGCUGCAGGAGGCAGUAGACUUUGAGGAGACGAGUACGUAUAACCUGGCUGUGGAGGCAAAGGACGGAGGGGGGUUGGUGGCACACUCUAAGGUGGAGGUGGAGGUGCUGGACGUGAAUGACAAUGCACCGGAGAUCACCAUUCUGUCACUGUCUAGCCCGGUGCCCGAGGACGCUCCGGUAGGAACUGUGGUUGCUCUGCUGAAGGUGCGGGACAGGGACUCGGGCGAGAACGGUCAGGUGUCGUUGGAGCUGUCGGGCGAGGCGCCGCUGUCGCUGGUGGCGUCGUCGGGCGGCUCGUACAAGGUGGUGACGGCGAGCGCGCUGGACCGCGAGCAGGCGUGCGAGCACCGCGUGACGGUGGUGGCCCGGGACCGGGGCAGGCCGGCGCUGCGGAGCAGCAGGGAGCUGGUGCUGGAGGUGUCGGACGUGAACGACAACGCGCCGGUGUUCGAGGAGGCGGCGUACAGCGCGUACGUGGCGGAGAACAACGCGGCGGGCGCGCUGGUGCUGCGCGUGCAGGCGCGGGACGCGGACGCGGGCGCCAACGGGCGCGUGAGCUACUGGCUGGCGGGCGGCAGCGCGGGCGCGGCGGGCGCGGCGCCGCUCGUGUCGGUGGAGGCGCGGAGCGGCGCGCUGUACGCGCAGCGCUCCUUGGACUACGAGCGGUGCCGCGAGUUCGCGGUGGCCGUGCGGGCGCAGGACGGCGGCUCGCCGGCGCGCAGCUCCACGGCCACGGUGCGCGUCUUCGUGCUGGACCGCAACGACAACGCGCCCAGGGUGCUGUGGCCGGCGGCGGCGGCGGCGGGAGAGGCGGCGGGAGGGGCGGCGGCGCCUUUCGAGGUGGUGCCGCGCUCGGCCGAGGCCGGCUACCUGGUGGCCAAGGUGGUGGCGGUGGACGCGGACGCGGGGCGCAACGCGUGGCUGUCGUACGAGCUGGUGGCGGCGUCGGAGCCGGCGCUGUUCCGCGUGGGGCUGCACAGCGGCGAGGUGCGCACGGCGCGCGCCGUGUCCGAGCGGGACGCGGCCAAGCAGCGUGUGGUGGCCGUGGUGAAGGACCACGGGCAGCCGGCGCUGUCGGCCACGGCCACGCUGCACGUGGUGCUGGCCGAGAGCUUGCAGGAGGCGCUGCCGGAGCUGAGCGAGCGGCCGGCGGGCGCCGAGGCGGCGGCGGCGGCCGAGCUGCAGUUCUACCUGGUGCUGGCGCUGGCGCUGCUGUCGGCGCUCUUGGUGCUGAGCGUGGCGCUGGCCGUGCUGGCGCGGCUGCGCCGGGCCGGGCCGCCCGCCGUGCUGCGCUGCCUGGGCGCGCAGCGCUUCUCGCUGGCCGGCGCCGCCUUCCCGGCCGACUUCUGCGAGGGCACCUUGCCCUACUCCUACAACCUGUGCGUGGCGCCGCCGGCCCGCGCCCCGCCCGAGGCCGCUUGGCCGCCGCCGCCGCCGCCGGUGCCCAUCCUGUCGGCGGAGGAGCUUCUGGCCGGGGAUUCCUGCGACAAGCCGAGCCUGAGCAGCAGCGCCGCCGAUGGAGAACCCGCCAAUCCAGACAUACCGCAGCCGGCGGCGGCGAUGUGCGCGGCGGGGAGGCGCAGGGGCCGGCGGCAGCGAGCUCUGCUCUGGGCCGUGCUGCUGGCAGCGUGGGAGGCGGCGUGGGGGCAGCUGCGCUACUCGGUGCCCGAGGAGAUGCCCAAGGGCUCCUUCGUGGGCGACGUGGCCAAGGACCUGGGGCUGCAGCUGCCGGAGAUCAGCGAUCGCGGAGUGCGCAUCCUGAACAAAGGUCGGACGCAGUAUUUCGCUGUGCACGGGAAGACGGGACAUUUAGUGACGGCAGAGAGGAUCGACAGAGAGCAGCUGUGCGAGGACGUGCAGCAAUGCGUGCUGCGCUGUGAGCUGGUAGUGGAGGGGGAAAUGAAGUUUUAUGAAAUAGAAGUGGAAAUCACGGACAUUAACGACAACGCGCCCAGCUUUCGAGAGGCAGAAACAGAGCUGAGAAUGAGCGAGACGACAGCCCCCGGUGCACGGUUUCCCCUUGCCCGGGCUCACGAUCCGGACUCGGGCCGGAAUUCCCUGCAGAGCUACGAGCUGAGCGGUGACGAGCACUUCUCGCUGGCCGUGCAGGCGGGCCCCGGCGGCGAUCAGCGUCCCGAGCUGGUGCUGGCGAAGGCGCUGGACCGGGAGGAGGCGGCGUUUCACGAGCUGGUGCUGCGGGCGAUGGACGGCGGCGAUCCGGCACGGACGGGCACGGCUCGGAUCCGCGUGACCGUGCUGGAUGCGAACGACAACGCGCCGGUGUUCAGCCAGGCGGAGUACACGGUGCGUGUGCCCGAGGACGUGCCCGUGGGCUCCACCCUUGUGAUCGUGACGGCCACGGAUGCCGACGAAGGGCUGAACGGACAAGUACAAUAUUCCUAUCAAAUGGUUUCUGUGAAAGCAUCAAAGAUAUUCCAUCUGGACGCUGAAACGGGAGCGAUCACGUUGAUGCGUAAUUUAGACUUCGAGGAAGGUACCGCCUACGAACUGGAGAUACAGGUACGAGACGGCGGGGACCUUUCUGACAUAACGAAAGUCGUGAUCACUGUGACCGACGUCAACGACAACGUGCCAGAGAUUUCCGUGAGGUCAGCACUAAGCGAGAUCUCGGAAGACGCCCCCUCGGGAACUGUGGUAGCCCUUUUGAACGUGCAGGACCGGGACUCGGGGGCGAACGGCGAGGUGCGCUGCUCGAUCGACAAAGAUAUUCCGUUCCGGCUUCAAAGGUCGCAGGGCAAUUACUACAGCGUGGUGACGGCGGGAGAGCUGGACCGGGAGCAGGUGUCGGAGUACAACGUGACGGUGCGGGCGGCCGACGGCGGGCGGCCGGCGCUGCAGAGCAGCGCGGUGCUGGCGCUGCGGGUGCUGGACGUGAACGACAACGCGCCGGUGUUCGCGGAGGAGCGCUACAGCGCGCGGCUGGCGGAGAACAACGCGGCGGGCGCGCUGGUGCUGACGGUGCGCGCCACGGACGCGGACUGGGGGCAGAACGCGCGCGUGCGCUACCGGCUGGCGGAGGGGCGGGUGCGGGGCGCGCCGCUGUCGUCGUACGUGUCGGUGCAGGCGGAGACGGGCGCGCUGUACGCGCUGCGCUCCUUGGACUACGAGCAGCUGCGCGAGCUGCAGCUGUGGGUGCGUGCGGAGGACGGCGGCGCGCCGGCGCUCGGCAGCAACGUGUCGGUGCGGCUGGAGGUGCUGGACGAGAACGACAACGCGCCGCAGGUGCUGUACCCGCCGGCGGCCGCGGCGCUGGGCUCGGGCGCCGCGUGGUCGGGCGUGGAGCUGGCGCCGCGGCGCUCGGAGGCCGGCGCGCUGGUGGCCAAGGUGGUGGCGGUGGACGCGGACGCGGGGCAGAACGCGUGGCUGUCCUACGAGCUGGCCAAGGCCACGGAGCCGGGGCUGUUCCGCGUGGGGCUGCACAGCGGCGAGGUGCGCACGGCGCGCUCGCCGCUGGCCCGCGACGCGGCGCGCCACAGCCUGGUGGUGCUGGUGCGGGACCACGGGCGGCCGGCGCUGUCGGCCACGGCCACGCUGAGCGUGGUGCUGGCCGAGAGCGUGGCCGAGCUGCUGGCCGAGCUGGGCAGCGCGGCCGACGAGGCGGCGGCGCCGGGCGAGCCGGCCGCCAGCCUGACGCGCUGGCUCGUGCUGGCCGUGGCCGCCGUGUCGUGCCUCUUCGUGGCCUUCCUGCUGCUGCUGCUGGCGCUGCGCCUGCGCCGCUGCCACCGCCGCCAGCUGCUGCCGCCGGACGGCGGCGCCUUGCGCGGCGUGCCCGUGUCGCACUUCGUGGGCAUCGACGGCGUGCGCGCCUUCCUGCAGUCCUACUCGCACGACGUGUCGCUCACGGCCGACUCGCGCAAGAGCCAGCUGCGCCUCUCGGCCGCCGCCUGCUGCGACACCCUCCCGGCCCGGCCGCCGCCCGACGAGCCCGCGCCGUUGCUCGGGGACGAGGACCCUACCGGCGCCCUCCCCGCGGAUCCCGCUCCUCCUUCGCAAGCUCAGCCUAACACAGAUUGGCGCUUCUCUCAGACCCAGAGACCUGGAACAAGUGGCUCCCAGAAUGGAGAGGAAGCUGGAGCCUGGCCCAACAACCAGUUUGACACAGAGAUGCUCCAAGCCAUGAUCCUGGCUUCAGCCAAUGAAGCUGCUGACGGCAACUCGACCCUGGGCGGCGGCAAUGGCACCAUGGGGCUGAGCGCUCGCUACGGCCCGCAGUUCACCCUGCAGCACGUCCCCGACUACCGGCAGAACGUCUACAUCCCGGGCAGCAACGCCACCCUCACCAACGCCGGCAAGCGCGACGCCAAGAACGCCGCCCCCGCCGGAGGCAACAAGAAGAAAUCCGGGAAGAAGGAGAAGAAGUAGUGAAGAAGAAAAAGGAGACCUUAGAGCUACAGGGCAGCCGGCUCCAGCACUCCCCCAAAACCACAGCCCAGGCCGGAGGACGAAUGUGAAUUUUUUUGUGGUGCAAAAGUAGGAAAUGCUGCGAAUGUAUCUCGUCAUCAUCAGAGCUGAGAGCAGGGGCUCGCUGCUCUCAGGUCUCGUGAUGAAAACCAAUCCGGAAUCUGAACCGAACACAAACAAGUGCCCUGUGAAUAAUGUUUUAUACAAUCCCUCGGGUAUUAGAAUAUGCAAGGGCGGAAGGUCUUUUGCCGUGUCUUUGGAUCCGAUUUGCUCCCAGGUAGUCCAAGAAAGGCACAAGGCUUGUGCUCGGCUUUGCCCAGUGUAAAUAAUUUUAAUGUGGAUCUUUUAAUUUAUAGCCCUUCAGCUAUUUUUUGGAAAGGAAAAGGAAGUUCUUAGCUUAGAGCCCAUGCUCCAGUUCUUUGCUGUUAAAUUUUCCAUUCGUAAAAUUCACCCCCAGUCAAUGAUAGCGAUGGAUUUUGGAAUUUGGAAGUUGGUAGGGAGUGCUUCAGUUCCUGCUUACCUGUCAUCUGAAAAAAAAAAGUGUUUAUAUUGCAUGAGUCAAAGGGAAUAUGGCAAAGCUGCAUCCUAAGCAUUUUUUUUUUUAAAGUGUAACCACUAAUGGCCUGAAAUAUGAUAAGGAAAAAGCCCUCCAGCUGUGUGAGAGGCAGGGAAUUCCAUGAGGAGCAUGCCGAGGUGUGCGGCAGCUGCCCCGGCGGUUCUAGGGGUCUCCGAAGAGCAGACACAUCUCAAACCUUCUUUGCAGUAAAUAUUUAUAUGUACAGUCGAUGUUCUUAUGGAAUUAAGGCUAAGAGAGCCUCGCUCCCCCGCGGCCAGGCCUGGCCAGGUCCCCGCCCAGGGGACACGGGGACGAGGUUCGCUGUCUGCACACGGUGUCUGCAUGCACGUCCCUCACCUCACACCUGCACUAGCGCAGUAGCUCCACGGACCCGCACAGUCCUCGCAUGCCCACGUGGUGUGAACGCGCCGGCAGCCGCCCGGGCUGCCCUGGGGAAGGGGUGGGAGGGGGUGGGAUGGCUCAGGCGGGGUGGGGAAACUCAAUAUUGCUUCUAGUUCGGGCCCCAAAGGUUCUUUGGGGUGGUCGGGUGGUUCUUGGGGUCUCGCCCGAAGGGUGGAUCCGCGGAGCUGCCGGUGCAUGGCUUUGGUGCAGAGUUGGUGGCUGAGUGAGUGGUGGUUGUUUCGGUGGCGUUUGGGGACCAGAUCCAGACAAGGGACCCAAGAGCAGGGGGUGACGCUGCAAAUUAGGGGCAGUGAUUGGGGGAGUGACACACGGGACCGUGCGGGCCAGCCCGGAGGAGGAGGUGAUGCUCCCGCUGGCUUUGGGCUUCGUACCCUGCGGGGAGAAUGGAAGGAUGAGGCUUAGAGUUUCUCCAUGUGCCCAUCACCAAAGCACCAGGCCAGCUUCCCAUAGCAAAGCAGCUCUGAGCCCCCGGGACAGGCAGAUGGGGGCUUUGUGCAGCCAGAGCCAGGAGAGGAGCUGUGGGGUGGCCCGGAAGGGGCCACACCGAGUUUCCCAGGGGGAUGUGUGUUGUUUUUUUUCCUUUUUUAAUCACUAACACGUAACUCACCUGAGCAGAUCCAGCCCUUUCAGCCAGGCUCUCCCCACCCCUGCCCCCUCCCCAGUCAGGGCAGCAGGAGCAUCCUCCGUGUUCCAUCGGGAUCCAGCCACCUCCGGGCUGGCUGCACGGGGAGCGGCUCCCACCCUGUCCCCUGCAGCUGCCACCUGCCCCCCUCUAGAAAUGCUGUAGCUGAAUCUUAGUCUUUAUAUUUUCUUUUUAAUCUGCAAUCUGAGGUAGCGUAGUGAGUGUCGUGUAUUUAGUGGCGUGUUAUUUUUAAUUGCAGUAACUAACUUGUGGACAUCAGUAUUUUCAAUUUUCUCUGUAUCUUCUUUCCAUGUGGUCUGUGCUCCGAGUGUGCGUGAAAUGAAACACGUUUGCCCUUUCAAUGUGUCUAAUAUUGAAUUAUACUUAUAUAUUAUAUAUAUGCUUAUAUCCUUCUUAUACCCAUAUAGACCAACGUCGAUGUGUUACACGCAAGUUUUAUACUCUAAUAUUUAUAUUGCUUUUUUUCUUUGGGAAAAAAAAAUAAUAAAAUGGUUUCUUCUGAA